AGAUCUGUUAAAGAUAGGAAGGUGUUGUUAGGUACCUUCUUAGCGCUUUGACGUUUUUUUUGCCGUCUGACUAGCCGUGUUUGUGAUUAAGUGACUGUAGUUAACGUGUUAAAAAGAUGUGCUAUACAGACAAUUAGUGUUCUUAUUUCUUUCGGUAAAAUCAUGCAAGAUUUUGAGAGCUCAUCUCCUGUUAACGAAAUGUCACCGUACUUAGGAUCCAAAUACGAAAGUCCAAUAUCUUCCAGAUCACCAAGCCCCAAUUUACCGUCUACACAAGCAAACGAUCAAAAAUAUAUGUCAGAAGAUGAAAUUUCCGUAGGAUGUCCCAGUCCGGCUUUACAAUCCUCUCCUAAUUACAGGAGAUCGAAUGGAAAUAGUCCUUCAUUUUCCUCCGGUUGUAGAUGUUCAGAAGAACACGAAGACUACUUUAAACCUUUGAAAAAACUCAAGAUGAUCGAAGAGAGACGGUUAUCGCCGACGGUAGACGUCGAGGAGAGGCAAGACGGUGUAAAAAGUUUCUCAAUUGCCGAUAUUCUUAAUCACAAACCAUCAAAACCCGCUUGUAACCGCAUCGUAAGGCCGUGGGACAUAGAUCCCGAAGUAGAAGCGCAUCAACAACGGUUAGAAAGUUUCCAUAGACAGUUAAAAGUUCAACAAUUGGCGUUAUUGAGACCUGAGUUUGCGUUUAAUGUUAGUUAUACUUCUGAGACUGGUAGUGACAGAUCUUCUAGUGUUGCGAGCGACUGUUGUUCACCCGAUAUUGUUCCCGUUUCGAUCCAGAGACAGAGACAGCAAGGGAAGCAGCCCGGUGCGACUCCUUUGGAUGCUCUCUUCCAAAUGACCUCCAAGACGUUUGAUUCGUCAACGGGAGAAAGUAGUGCUGAUGGCCAGAAUCAUCUGAACCUCUUCAACAAUCGACAGCAACCAAAGAAAAAACGAAAAUCACGCACGGCAUUCACCAACCACCAAAUAUUUGAAUUAGAGAAACGGUUUCUUUACCAAAAAUACCUCAGCCCCGCCGAUCGUGAUGAGAUAGCAUCUAGUUUGGGAUUAACGAACGCUCAAGUGAUCACGUGGUUCCAAAACCGCCGAGCGAAGUUGAAGAGAGACAUGGAAGAACUGAAAAAAGACGUUGAAAGUGCAAAAAUUUUGAGUGCCCAUAAGAGUUUUUUAGAGAACGCUGCGGAUUUAGGAAUUUUAAAAAAGAAAACUGUCAUCAGUGAGGACGACUGUCCAAAAAACUUAGUCAUAUCCGAAAAGUAAUAGUGAUAAUAUUGAGUUAUGUGCUAGGGAAAAUAAUUUAAUAAACUUUUCGAAAUAUGUAUCAAGAUGGAGACAUGAGUUUAACAUUUUUGUGAGAAAUCUACAAAUACAAAUUUUAAAAUAGAUAUAAACAAAUGAGAAUAUAUCUCAAUAACAAAAGCAUCCGAAGCAUAAACUCUCACUCAUACUUCACUACUUCUACGCUAAUAGUCACGGUUAGUCUGUUUGAUGGAUGUUUCGAUAACCAAGUUAUCGUCUUCAGUCUCUAAGCUUACCAGUUUACUUUCAAUCUCUGAAUACUACGUAUAUGUGAUUGUAGAUGUAAAACUCUAUUUUUUUGAAUGACGUAUAUAAAAAUCAUAAAAAAAUAUAAUGAAAAUGAAGAAAUUAGUUGAUUUAAAAACAAAUUAUCAAAUGGCGCUACGUGAUCACUUUUGACCAUUUUUUACAUAAUAAAAUAAUUGUUCCAUUCUUUGAGAUAUUGCCAUUCGAAUAGUGUUGAAAUAUUUGUAAAUCAUAGAACACGGUCUGUUAAAACCGUAUUUUAUCAGUUUCUUGUUCUCAGAUUCAAUAAACAUGGACUUUCUUCUGUUACCAGAUAUAUCUCUAACCUUAAUUGGACCUGUAUAAAGUGCUUUUCAAACGUUCCUUUUUUGCCUCGUAUCUUUAAAACUGUUAAAUAGAAACUAGUGAAAUUUGGAAACUAGACGUUAGCGUCUCAAUGACACAAUAUUAUCAGUGACCAUAGUAGUUUCAGUUAACAGAAUAAUUAUUUCAAUUAAUGUUCAAGAAUUGAUAUCUACCUAUAAUAGCUCCAUUGAUAUCCAGUAAACAACCCGUUUUUCCAAAAUAUUGUCAGCUGUAUGGGUGUAAACAUUUAUUUAAGAUACUCCAUACAAAAAGGUGUGUAGUCUCACUAUAUAAUAAUAGUUCUACGUUAUCGAAUUAUCGGAUUGUAUUGUAUUUUUCAAUAUUUUCAGAUACAUCUCACUCUUAAUUGUGUAUAAAAAAAUACUCCCACGAAACAGUUUUCUAAAAUAAUUGCGUAUAAUUCACUUUUGUGGGCCACUGUGUAUAUGCUAAAAUUCAUCAAGUGAUAACAUAGUUUUGUCACCAAAACAAAUUGUUUUAUCAUAGUUUGGAUGUUGAUUUAUUUUAAUGACCAAAAUUGAUCAACUGUUUUUAAUUUAUAUUGAUUAAAACACACUGGUAAAUGAAAUUUUGGUUCAAAUAUAAAUAUUCACUACCGAUGCUAUCAAAUCAAUUUUUUUAUAAAAAGAACUCGUCGUCUACCAGUUCAAUCGUUAAUACGAGCAGUUUUUUCAAAUACAUCAUCUACUCGUAUGUCAACAACUGCAACUAUUAUGCAAUAAUCAUUAUUAUUACGCCAGCUUACAACCUCUAGUAUCCAAAUAAUAAACUCCACGAAGGACUACUGGUUGCUCCUGGAUGUAAACAAAAAAACUGUGUAUCCAAUCAAUACAAUUUAUUGUUUCCUUAUACCUCGAUCUAAAGCACACAAAGAUACAGUUUGUGACAUGAGUAAAACUCAUGAAAAUUAUUUAAUAAAUGUAUCAUUUACAAAAAAUGAUCUCAACUGACGAAUCGGCAGGGAAGAUAAUGAGAAAUUUCGAUAAUGAAGUAAAACUAAAGCCAAAAAAGGAUAUAAAGUAAAAUAGUAUACUAACACCAAUUGGGUAGAAGUUUGACACUGCAGAAAUCAGAAAUCUCAAACUUCCUGCAACAGUAGUGUAAUAUACUAUAUCUAAUCCAUUUAAAUUUCCGUCCUUGUUGCAUCUAACCCAAAAUUUGUUUUGGUUAUCAAUGUAUUGAAGUCUAUACCACCUCUAUUGAUUAAUUCUUAUAUUUUUUGUUACAGAAAGUCUCCCUUAAUCCCUCACAUAGAUCUCGUGAAUCUUGUGGUAACACAUCUGCAGCUUCAAAGAUUUAUUUAUUUUUAUUUUCAAAAACAAAACUUCUCCAGUCUGUUAUACUAUCAACUAUGCUACAGCUGACUGUACGUGUAACUAUUCUGUCCCUUGUAUAUACAUUCCUAAUUACUUAUUACUUUCAUCAAUAUUUUCUUCUAGUUCUGCUAGUUCUAGUUUCUCGUUGUUCUCUAAUGAUACAUACGAAUUUUGGUUUACUCAUAUUUAUAUCUGUGCCCAUUUCUUAUAAACUUCCAUUGAUUCGAACUAUUCUGAUAAAAAUGAGGUGGUCAUUGGUACGUGUAUAAGAAUGUUUAUUAUUAUGUAAUAGCUGGUAUUUUUUUCAUUUUUGAUUCUUUUCUCGCUAGUAUAGUGAGUUUUGGAAACUUAUCUGUGAGGAAUUACGAUAUUGUGCAAAUAAUGUGCAAUUUUGGCCAUUAAAAAUCUCUAUACUUUGAUAUUGAGGGAAAAUAUAGUAGUUUGACAUUUUAAAUAUAACUUAACAAAAAAUAUAGUUAAAUCGUUCUGUAAAAGUUUUGUAAAUAGUGUAAAUAAACCAAUGUAAAUUAUGUAUAGAUGUGUAAAUUAUAACUCUUAGUGAUAACUAUUUAUUAUUGUUCGUCUUAUGGACGGGUAUUUGCAAUAUUUUAUAAUGUAUGUUCAUGAAAAGCUUCUGUACUUAAAAGUGUUUACCGUCGUUGUGAAUAAAUUCAAAUAAAACAGAUAUUUGAAAA